ACUGGUUUGAAAAGAAAGACGCGAGUGAAACAACAGCGAAUAAAAAUAAAUGUUGUUCCAGGAAUGAUUAUUAUUUGCAGUAUUAGCAGGACACAAAACCUCAACUUCCCUGUCGAUGCGAUUUUAGGCUAGCCUUCCUCCUUAUGCGAUGAAAAAUUGACUAAGUUAACAGUUUCCACUCGGGCCUAAUUCACCGGUGCACCACGAACUUCCGCCCAUCCCGUGUCAUCAAAGUUGCCAGUAAACAAUACAAAGUUUCUUAAAUUCGUUAUCACUGGCAAAGCCAACAACUGACGCCGCGGAUUACGGACGUCAGUCACUAUGAUUUUACUAACAAUAAUCGCUCGUAUAGCGGACGGGCUACCGCUCGCUGCGUCCGUACAGGAGGAUGAACAAUCAGGAAGAGACCUCCAGCAGUACCAGAGCCAAGCCAAGCAGCUAUGCCGCAAACUGAAUGCGCAGAGUCCUGCCCGCUGUAUCUUGGAGGCCGGGGACAUGUACUUUCACUGUUUAAUAGCAGAGGAUGUGUGCUACCUCUCCCUCUGUGAGGCUUCAUUUCCCAAAAAGAUGGCUUUUGCCUACCUUGAAGACCUCCACACUGAGUUCCAUUACCUGUAUGGGAAAAAAGUGUCCACGGUAACGAGGCCAUACUCUUUCAUAGAAUUUGACACAUACAUCCAGAAAAAAAAGAAGACGUAUGUUGACAACAGGACCAGGAGGAAUCUGGGUAGUAUCAACACGGAACUACAGGAUGUCCAGAAGAUUAUGGUGGCAAAUAUUGAGGAAGUUCUACAGAGAGGAGAAGCUCUCUCUGCGCUAGACACUAAAGCCAGCAAUUUGUCCACCCUGUCAAAGAAGUACCGGAGCGAUGCUAAAUACCUCAACACUCGCUCCAUGUACGCCAAGGUGGCAGCUGUGGCAGUGUGUUUCAUCACACUCAUCAUCUAUGUGCGUUUCUGGUGGCUUUAAUGGACUUUCAAACAGGGACUUUGAUACCAGAAAGAGGGUAUUAAACAUUUAACAGACCCUGUUACAUUCCUGUUAUACCAGGGUGCCUUAAAGGUGUCAUACAAUCUAUUCAUGUUGAAGGUCAAUGUUGUCUCUAUGCCUUCUUCACCCGAGUGAUGCUAUACACAGAGUAUAGAUUGAGCCAUAGGUUUGUGAUGGGACUUUUUGUAUGGAAGUAAAUGGUUUAUGGUGAGUGCAUGUAACCGUCUUUACUGGAAUGUUAAGGGGGAGGGUUUUGAUAAAUCAAUGUUUACACUGUUACUUGGGUUUCUUUAAGUUUCAGCAUAUGUAAACCUAUGCAAAGGUUGGUAAAAGUCCUAACACUGUGAUAACAAGAAAUGUGUUUUGUUUACAUUGCAACAAAGUCUUAUGGAAAUGAUUAAAUAUUUAUCAACUUGUCAGUUUCUAUUUCACAUCUGUGUGUAUGACAUGUUAAUAUUACAGAGCCACAGUCCUUGUGUUUAGUAUAUUCAGUACACACAUGCCUGUCACACAUAUACCAACCCGAGGAGUAAUGUUCACACAAAGACACUUUAUGCAGCACAAACAAUAGAGCUAAAGGAGAAGGAACAGAAUGUGAUGAUGACCAAUGUUGGAGUGGCUCCACUGGAUAAAGUGAGUGAGACACUGUGCUCUUGUGCUACGGUUGACUGAGCAGGUUCCAAG